ACAGUACCGCCGACGUACCGCUAACCGCUCGCAAAACCGCUCGUAUUUGCAGAAGAUCCGUUGAGAAAAGGGGACUUUUUUUUUGCGCCUAAAUUGUAUCGAUUUCGAUGCCCUUUGCCAUUCGCCCAUUGUGUGUCAGCCAACGGUUUUAAUGUUUUCGCCAGUUUGCAAGAAUUGCCAAGCCUCGUUGAGAACUCCGCGCACCAGCAACGCCAAGAUCCACUAUAAGCAAAAACACAAACAGUCCACAUUGAGCUGACGAGCAAUUUUCUAAAAUUUAAUCCACAAACAACACGAGUUAAAAUAAACAAACACCAAACAAGUGCAAAAUAAAAAAAUUAGAAAUACUUAUAUACAGAUAUACAGGGCGUAGCAGCGCGAUAAAUACAAUUAUUUAACGGUGCAUAAAAAACAUAUAUUAUUCGCAAGGAAUACAACCAAUUUAAUUGCCAAACAAUAAGCCCCGAAGAGCUGCGAGUUCUGACCAAGAACAGCCAACAGACCGCUAAGCGAGGCCGACACAACUGUACCCAUCUAAGCAGAGCUUAGAGCAAACAAGCUACCAAAAAAAAACCCCUACAAGUAAUCCCAAUUUCCUUUUUGCUACGCGCACAAGAAGCCAACAAAACCCUGAACUAUAGAAUGGUAGAAGGUGAUUCCGCAAAGGGCAAAAGCGAAUCCUAUAAUGUAGAAGCUGGACUACAACCAAACUACAACCAGAGCGCAGCAAGCAACCAAGCAAGCAACCAUCCCACUGGCCAGGCAAUCGCUCCAGCCACCGGAAACGCGAACUCGCACAUCGACAACCGAGCGAUCAUCCAGCCGUACUCCUUGGGCACCGGACCCAAGCAGCCGGAGUAUCAGUUUGCGGCGGACAAUCGCGGCUACGAGCCGGACAGCCAUGCCAAUGGCAAGCAGCAGGACGUAGAGCGGGACGCCCCCGAUGGGGGUCACGGGGGUCAUGGGCCGCCCGGUAGGGGGGGCAAGGGUGGUAAGGGACGCAAGAAGUCCAUACCCUUGCCGGAACCCACUGCCCCGAUAGUCGCCAACUUUGAGAGGGCCAUCGAAUUGUGCGGCUAUGGCAAGUUCCAUUAUAUACUGCUGGCCAUCUGCGGAUUGGUCAGCACGUCCGAGGAAAUGGAUGUCAUCUCCAUGUCCUUCAUUCUGCCAUCGGCGGAAUGUGAUCUGGAAUUGAAUACGGAGACCAAGGGCUGGCUGAACUCGAUCAUCUUCAUUGGCAUGAUGGUGGGCGCCUACUUCUGGGGCAGCAUCGCCGACAGUUUUGGCCGCAAGAAGGUCCUCAUCGUCAUCUCGUUCAUGAACGCCUUCUGCAUCGUCGCCUCGUCCUUCUCGCAGACGUACACCUUCUUCAUGCUGUUCCGCUUCCUCAAUGGCGCAGCUUUGGGCGGCAGUGGUCCUGUGAUCUGGUCGUACUUCGCCGAAUUCCAGCCGAAGGCGAAACGCGGCUCCAUGCUGAGCUUCAUGGCCGCCUUCUGGACGUUUGGCAACCUGUUCGUGGCCAGCUUGGCCUGGCUGAUCAUCCCGCGUACGAUUGGCGUCACCACGCCGUACUUCACGUACAACUCAUGGCGUAUCUUCCUGCUGGUCUGCUCACUGCCUUCGUUCCUCGUGGGAUUCCUGCUCUUCUAUCUGCCCGAGUCGCCCAAGUUUCUGCUGACGCGCGGCAAGAAGGAUCGCGCCCUGGCCAUUUUCCGUGGCAUUUUCGUGACGAACACGAAGCGCCGACCGGACGAGUACAUGGUGUACGACCUGGAGGUGGACGAGAAGCUGCUGGAGAGCAAUGGCAGUGUGAAGAACAAGUAUAGCCGCAUGAUCAGCGGUAUGGUGGACCACAGUCGCGCCCUGUUCAAGUCGCCCAUACUGCGAUUCACCAUCGUCUCGAUCACGAUUAACUUUACAUUCCACAUUGGCUAUUAUGGCCUGUUGAUGUGGUUCCCGGAGCUCUUCAAUCGCUUCGAGGAGUACGAGAAGGCAUUCCCGGACCAGUCGGCCGGCGUUUGUGCUGUCACGGAAUACGUGGUUAACCUGGCCAAGGAGCAAAACAAAAAUGGCACCUGCUCGUCGGAUAUACCGCAAUCGGUGUUCAUGGAAUCGCUGAUAUCACUGGCCUCGGCGCUGCCGGCCAAUCUGUUGGCCAUCCUCGGCAUGGACAUGCUGGGUAGGAAGUUCUUCCUAAUCGCCGGCACCAUGACCGCCGGCAUCUGCUCGGCGCUGAUGUACUUUGUGCGCAGCUCCGUUCAGAACCUGGUCGUAUCGGCCAUCUUCAGUGGCGCCAUCUCGGCAGCCAAUGCGGCGCUCGACUGCCUGAUCACCGAAGUAUUCCCCACCAAGCUGAGGGCCACCGGUGUGGCCAUUUCGAUGGUCGCCGCUCGAUUGGGCGGCAUCAUCGGCAACAUCGUGAUUGCCCAGCUGCUGGACAACUACUGUCCAUCGCCCACGUUCAUCGUGUCGGGUCUGCUCAUCGGCGGUGGUCUCAUGUGCCUGCUGUUGCCCAAUACGACGCGCAAGGAACUCAAUUAAGCAACUAAUUACUAAUCACUAAACGAUAGCCCCCAGCCAAAAACCCAUAGAAUCUUCUGCUAAAACUGUUAGCCUGCAAGGUCCUGUCGCGAGUUCUGAUAUAUCAACUUGAGAUAUCAACUUGUGGGCAGGACCUUUGGGCUUAUUACGUUUUCCUUGAAAAUCAACAAUAGUUAACACACCACAACACCAGACCACCCUACCCCACCCGCGACCCACAAGUAAUUUCCAUUUGCCCCAUUCCGCCAGAGGAUCGGGCAUUAUCUGUGUAUAUAUGGUAUGCGUGUGCUACAAUACACGAUUAUUUGUAUCGUCAGUAAUUAUUUAACGAUAGCGAUAAUGAUUUUCAUUGUGUGUCUAAUUUUAAACGUCCCCUCCCCCCUCCUAAAAAUAUCUAUCAAUCUAUUGGAAUUUAAACGAACCAACAAAAUGAAAUCAGAAAUGGGCAAGAGAAAUGCCACAUCAAAAUCGGGCCAUAUCUAAAACAAAGAAAAAAAGAAAAAGAACAAGAAAGGAAAAUAUGAAAAUAUGAAGAGAAUACAUACCCGUUUUUGGCACUCUUUCGCCCAAUAUGAUAAGCAAAGAAAACCCCAAGCCAGCGAGAAGAUAUAGCAGGUAGGAUCGAUAGCAAUCGAUGUAUAUGUAUUGUAUUGUACGAUAUGUAGAGAAUAAUAUAUAUUUGGCAAGCGCCGGCGCCGGCUGAAGCAGCAGCAGAGGGGCUGAGUAACGGUAAAGAUAAGGACUAAGCGCCGAUAAACAUGAUACAAAAAAAUGAUACACAAUGAUCACUUACCGUUCUCGUCCCGCUGCUGUCCGUUAUUGUUGUUAUUAUUGCUAUUAUUAAUACAUCCAAUGUAAAACACAUACGUAUAUAACUUUAUCUAUAUAUUAAACAUACAUAUAUCAAAACCAUUUUUUUUUGUUUUUUUUUUCGUCAUGUAGGACCAAAGCACAGGAAGUGAAAGAAUAUUUGUAAAAUUUAGUUACGUUACUACAAGUUACGCUACAUAUAUACAAAACAAAAUAAAACCGAAUAAAAAAGGACAAACCACAAAGAAAA